AUGUCUUCCAACAGGCAGGAUACUAUUGCGGCCAAUUGGCGUGUGUUUGUCGCCUGUGGCCUUGUCUCACUUUCCCCAUUUCAGUAUGGGGUGGAUUUUGGAUUGAUUGGAGGCCUGCAGGCAAUGCCAGGUUUCCUUCAGAUCUAUGGCUACAGGUCCCCAACGAGUGUGAUCGGAUGGAACAUAACCCCAUUAAGACAACAAUUGAUUUCGUCCCUCAUGACCCUCGGUGCAUUCAUCUCCUCCGGCGCCGCUGGCUUUGCUGCUGUCAAGUUGGGAAGAAGACACUGUCUAUGGCUGGCGUGCAUCUUGUGUUGUGCUUCGAAUAUCAUCAUGAUGGCCACUACAUCUAUUGGCGCUCUAUAUGUCGGCCGCCUUCUGAUUGGGCUUGCGAACGGUUAUUUCAUGACAUUCUCCCAGCUUUAUAUCCAGGAGAGUAGCCCAGCAAAAUAUCGCGGCCUAUUCCUGUCGACUUUCCAAUUUUGCACUUCAUUUGGAACGCUGAUUGGCACAAUCAUCGACUGGUCGACUGCAAAACGGCCCGACAAAUCUUCCUACCUGAUUCCACUUGGUAUCAUCUAUGUGAUACCAGUGGUUUUAUCGAUCGCCAUGUGGUUCAUUCCCGAGUCACCUAGAUGGCUAAUUCUCCAAGGCAGAUAUGAGGACGGAAUCAAGUCUCUCCGGUGGCUAAGGCCCGAGGGUGCCGACGUUGAAUCAGAGGCCAAUGUCAUCCGUGAUGCCAUCGAGAGAGAACGUGAGAUGAAGACCAGUGUGGGAGUAUUGGAUAUGUUCAGAGAUCCCGUGAACCGGCGCCGAACCUUCCUCUCGGUCUGUGCCGUGACUCUCCAGGCUGCUUCCGGAUCGAUGUUCAUCAUUGCCUACAAGGCGUACUUCUUUACCAUGGCUCACGUCGACAAUCCUUUCGGAAUGAGCUGUGUUCUGAGCACGUUGGGCUUGGUAGCGAUUCUGGCAAACUCGGCGAUAGUCGUGCGCUAUGGUCGCCGUAGAGUGCUUCUUAUGAGUGGUCUGUUAGUAUGCGGAAUCUUUCAACUUAUUACGGCUGUUGUUUAUGACAAGCACCCUGGUACCAAAACUACGGGAAAGGUACUCGUGGGCCUUGCAUGUCUAUACAUGAUGAGCUACAAUGGAAUGAUUUCGACAUAUGCGUGGCUUUCAGGUGGAGAGCUUCCAACUCAACGCCUUCGAAGCUACACGUUCGGCCUGGCCGCAGCAGUCGGCUUCCUUGGAGCUUGGCUUACUACCUUCACGGCACCGUACUUUAUCAACCCAGCAUCCUUGGACUGGGGUCCAAGAUAUGGUUACAUUUGGUUCCCAUCAUGUAUCGUUUCUGCCGCUUGGGUGUAUUUCUUCCUUCCGGAGGUCAAGGGACGAACAUUGGAGGAGAUUGACGAAAUGGUUCGUGAUCCUUACACUAUCACUGAGCCAAACAACACUAACUGGAGUUCUAGUUCGGGGCUAAGUUGCCUGCCAGGAAAUUCCGAAAAUACCAAUGCGUGGGAACUAAUGCAGUCCUGGAGCACAAACUUGCAAGGCGUAGCACUGAAGAACAAGUAUGGGGAGAUGAAAAGGUAG